UUGACGAGUAAUCAUAUGACUUACAAUUCGCCUCAUAAUUUAGGACCAUAUUGCUCGUACUCGUUUCCAUUAUCGACAUACCGUUCGUUGCUUGAAGUAGAUUGGCUGAUUUCUGUUCAAAUGGUGUAGGGUAUGUAUACAUUUGUCAGCAUUGUCGUGACAAAGAUAGAUAAUAUAUACUGAUCGAAUAACUUGUUAGUUUCACGAUCGAAUUACCUGUUAGUUCAUCAUGUCAAAUGAUAGCUUCAUUGACAGCGGUGUGACUGGAGAAGUAGUGCACUUUAAAAAGAAAGGUGGAUUUGGUUUCAUAACUUAUGAUGAUGCCAAAGUGUUUUUCCAUAUCUCAGAAGUCUCAUACUCGUCCGUUGAAGUUGGCGACGAGGUGACAUUUGACUUGUAUAUGGGAUCGAAGGGAUACAUAGCAAAAUCUGUCCAGUUUUCAACCUGGGAUGAUGACAAUAAUGAGUCCGAGUCUGAGUCCGGGGAGGAACUUAUUCAACAAGGUGAAUACGGAGUAGUGGAUCAGUACAACGAAAAACGUAGUUUUGGCUUCAUCCGAGUGGACGACACUUACAACAAAGUGUUUUUUCAUAUUUCAGCUGUUCCAGAUAAAAACAUUAAAGUUGGAGAUGGGGUGAUAUUUAAUUUGUGUGCAGGACCAAAAGGGUACUUUGCAGAAUCUAUUGAGGUUGUGAAUGAUGGAGAUCAUGAUGACGAUAAUGAUGAAGAUGAUGAGACCGAGUCUGAGUCGGGGGAGGAACUUAUUCAACAAGGUGAAUACGGAGUAGUGAAUCAAUACAACGACAAACGUAGUUUUGGCUUCAUCCGAGUGGACGACACUUUCAACAAAGUGUUUUUUCAUAUUUCAGAUGUUCCAGAUAAAAACAUUGAAGUUGGAGAUGGGGUGAUAUUUAAUUUGUGGGCAGGACCAAAAGGGUACUUUGCAGAAUCUAUUGAGGUUCUGAAUGAUGACGAUAAUGAUGAGGAUAAUGAUGAUUAUAAUGAGUCCGAGUCUGAGUCCGAUGAGGCACCUAUUCAUGAAGAAGUUGCUGGAGUAGUGAAGCAGUACAAUGACAAACGUCGAUUUGGCUUUAUCUGGGUGAAUGACACUUACAACAAAGUGUUCUUUCAUAUUUCAGAUGUUCAAGAGAAAUACAUUGAGGUCGGAGAUGAGGUGAGGUUUGAUUUGUUUGUGGGACCAAAAGGGUACUAUGCAGAAUCUAUUGAGGUUCUAAAUCUUGCUGAUGAAGAUUCUGACUCUGAACCUGAUGAAGCUGUGAACCAGGAGGCGCUCCUGAAUUGUGAUGCAACUGGCGUUGUGACGCGAUAUCUUAACAGACGUCGAUUCGGGUUUAUAAAGGUGGAUGAAACCUACAGCAAAGUAUUCUUUCAUGUCUCUGAAGUAUCGUUCAAGCCUGUUGCAGUUCAAGAUCAAGUGGAAUUUCAUUUGUACGUAGGACCCAAGGGAUACUUCGCAAAAUGCAUCAAUUUCGUCAGUCCAGUUGUAGCCGACAAUGUCUGGAAUGAAACGCACUUUGGUCGAACCUCGGGGUCCCAUGGCGCCAAAGAUGGCAGCAAUCCUGCAAAAGCACCACACACAGAGAAGUCUCCCGGAGGAGAUACGGCGCAUGAGCAACAACAUAAAGGUGCCGGACAGACAACACACCAUGACACAUCGAGAAUGUCAAGAGAAAAGGGUAACACGUUUUUCAAGUCAGCUCGUGAUCAGGAAAGCGACAAGGCCAAAUUAGAUCGCUUCAAGAGUGCUCUGGAGUGUUACAAGAAAGCUUACGCCAGUUCUCAAAAGGAUGAUGAUUUGGUUUCAGCGGCAAAGAACACCGGAACUGUUUAUUGGAAGCUAGCUAAACUGAAGAUGAAUACAUGUCCUGAUGAGCGAAAGGUGAUACAUGCGCACUUUAAAGAGGCUCUGCAGCACUUCGGCACCGCUUACACGAAAAGGAACUGCAUGGUCGAAGAAUGGGGCAAACAUCUGGAGAGAUCUAUCAAGGAAUGUCUAGAUGACAUCAGAACAUGGAUCGCACCAAGAAAUGACGAAGAUCGGAUCACUGCCCUCAAGGAGUACGUAGGUUACAUGCCUGAAUGUGACGCAAAGGUCAGCUGCUAUAUUCGCAUCGCAAAUAUCUAUUUCAGAAAAGGAAAAGAUGCUCUGCAGCACCAAGAAUACAAGAGCUGCCAAGGGUACAUGGAUGAAUGUAGUACAACCCUGAAUGAAGCAAAGAAAAGAUGUACAGGUGCGGAUUCAAGCUUCAAAGUAAACGUCACUGACCUUGAAAAAGACGUCCAGUACCAAAAAGAUGUCGUCCAGAAAUGUUUAUCAAAAGCCAAAGAUGAACAGGCGCGUCGAGAAAAAGAAAAAAAGGAAGAUCUUGAGAAAAAGGUUGCAAAGGACCAACUGAAAGGCGUUCUAAAAAAACUGGAAAGACUUAAAAAGUUACCCGUUGAGAAAUUCGUCGAACGAGUAUACAAACAGUGGCCUCCUAAAGGGAUUGAUGAGUCGAAGAUACCCUCUGCAUCGUCAUCGUCGUCGUCGUCGAAAUGUUCAAAUAGGAAGCUACUGAUUGAUGCCAUUCGCUGCUAUCACCCUGAUAAGGUGGAUAAGAAUGCUCAUGGUAUAAGAUGGCAUGUUUUGUCCGGCGAGAUUACAAAAUGUCUAACUCUUCUACUAGCUGAUGUUAAUACUUGAAUAAGUGCAGAAUAUCAUCACGUGCAAGCUUCGUCAUUGAUCGUAGUAGGGCUAUGAUACUGUACUAGAAGCACUACUGUAGUACGGGUAUAUUCCCCGGGCUUUAUUUCAUCAAAGACACAGGGUUGAGGUCGCUAUUGGCUUUAGGUUUAAAGUUGAUAUUCAUUAAUUUUAA